AUGAAGCGGUGUGGUGGUGCGAGUGGUGCCAGUGGUGCGAGCAGUAUCAAAACAAACCAGUCGGAUAAUCUCGCUUGGAUGUGGCUGCAGGGCCUAGCUGUCGUGGUUCCGGUUCCUGAAUCAAUCUCUCGGUAUUCAUCUCCGCCAGCGCCAGCGGCUGCUAGCUAUCUUGUUCCUAUGCCGCGUUUGGGCGGCUUCUCGACCCGAACCGAAGGCGCUCGCAUCUGGAUGCUGUGUCUCUCUCAAAGACACCCAUCGCUUGCCUUCCCUACAAGCAAGCAAGUAAGUAUGACUAUGUCUGGAUGGCUGAAGAAGUUGAUGGGCUUGGUUCUUCUGCCAGCCCUCGUCCGUUCGUUUGCUUCGACAGACUCGCCACAGGAUGCCGAUCCUCCACAAUCAGGCUAUCUCCCUAAUCAUAAUAUGGACCCUACCCUCGUUGCCAGUUCUCUGGCGGUCGCGUGGAAAUUGACGUUUAACCCCAACGAAGUCUUCUAUGCGAAGCCUUUGGUGUACACUCCUCCGGGAGCUCCGAACGAAUAUGUCAUUACGGUAUCCAACCAGAACAUUGUCCGCAUUCAUGAUGGCGUGACGGGCAUGUUGAUCCAGUCGAGGACGCUGGAUCCACCGUUUGCUGCGUCCGAUGUGAGUUGUGGGGAUAUGCCAAAUACUAUAGGCAUUGCGGGAACCCCGGUUAUAGACACUGCCACAGAUACCAUGUACUUCUUCUCCAAGGGAUACAAGAAUGCACAGGCAGGGCCUCAAGGCGCCAUUAACGGUAUCUACAAAAUGUAUGCAGUCAAUAUUCCGACACUCGCUGAUGUUGCCGGUUUCCCGACGGUCAUCGAUGGACAUUAUGCCGCAAACGAUCCGACCAGAUAUUUCGUUGGAGGUACAAUUCUUCAGAGGCCCGGUCUAGCCAUGCUCGGUAACACGGUCGUAGCCGGUUUCGGUGGUCACUGUGACAAUUUCAACUACACAGGAAUGUUGGUCGCCGUGAGCAAGACGGCUGGAGUUGGUGUAACUAACAUUCAAGCUAUGGAAGCUAGUCCAGGUGCUCCAUCUCCACAGGCUCUCGACAUCACUGUCCAAGGCGGUGGUAAAGCAGGAAUCUGGCAAGGUGGCAUGGGACUUGCUGCUGAUGUCAAUCGGGUGUUCUUCAUCACCGGAAACGCUCGUGGAGCCGGACAAAAUGGCGGAGCAAAUGGCAAGGCCGCCAGCGGCAAGGUGUAUCUGAGCACACUGGAACAAGCUGUUGUCAACAUGGGUGUCAAUCCAAGUACGGGUGAACUUAAGCAGCAAGAUUAUUUCGAGUCUUACGGGUACGAUAGCAACAAUGGAGGUGACACUGAUUUCGGAUCUGGCGGCUGUGCGUUACUCGAUCCAGGUACCUUCUAUGGAGCCGGUGUGGCCAGAAUCGCGGUCGGCGCAGGAAAAGACGCCAAACUAUUCGUCAUGAAUGCUGACGACCUAGGGGGUUUUGCUGGAGGCAAAGCUGGCGCCGACAACGUCAUCCAAGUUAUCAAUGUUGGCUCGGCCGUGUUGAGCGGCGUAGGAAGUUACCCGUUGGAGGGAGGAUAUAUCUACAUCAACCCGUCCGCGAAUAGCUUAUACGCCUACAGCUUCAGCCGCGACGGCAAUGGAAAGCCACUGUUUACCCUGGCUGGAAAAUCGGCUCGCAGCUUUUCCAGCAAAUCCGUACCGACAGUCACCAGCAACAACGGACAGGUUGGCUCUGGUAUUGUUUGGUUGACAGACGUCAACUGGGGUCUUCAGGCCUUCAACGCCGUUCCUGUCAAUGGCGUCCUAACACCGAUUGUGUUACCCGCUCAAGCUGCCACAGGAGGAAUCACUAAAUUCCAACGUGCUGUAUUCGGAGACGGUCGAGUGUACACGGUCCGUAACAGUGCAUUAAUGAUGCUUUCAGGAGGAGGCACAAAGGCAAAUUCAUCUUUGACUUGUACGCCCAAUCCUGUUGCUUUUGGGUCUGUUAUGACCGGUCAAACCUCAACUUUGUCCGUUCAAUGUGUAGCCAACACUGCUGUCACUAAUCCCAAGUGCAACAUUACUUCGCCUAUUUUUACUUGCCCAGCCACUGCUCUGCCAGCAAGUGUGGCUGCAGGCGCAUCGUUCGCUUUCGGACUUACGUUCGAUUUAACCUCCGCAGCAAUCUUAGCUUGGCAAAUUUCAAAUGGUGGUAAUCAACUUGCCCCCGGCACGCAAGGCGGAAACCUCAACGUCUAUACGACCACAUCGGCUUCUGGGUUUCUUCCUGGUGUUGUUGUUCCUCUCUCCGGAACCGUCGUUGCCUCGGGAGGAUAUCUCACCGUCAACCAAACAGUGGCCUCCUUGGGUGGCGUGUUAGUCGGUGGUCAAUUAACCAAAUCAGUCCUCUUGUCAAAUCUAGGAAGCAAGCCCCUGUCGUUCACUGGUUUUGCAUGGCAGGAUUAUUACGCGGAUGGUAUGCCAUAUCAGAAUGUCACUCUACCAACAGUAGGAAACAGCUUCUCCUCGCCAACGUUCCCUGCUGUAGGGACCACUAUAGCUGCCGGCGGCACGCUUACCAUUCCAUUGGCCUUCAAGCCAGCUGCGACUGGAGUCUUCGCCUCGUAUCUUACGUGGUGGAGUGAUGGCGGGUAUACUACAUUACUGAUGCAGGGGAUCGCCCAGGAAGGUUCGACCUCCUCGUCGUCGUCGGCCGCUGUUGCUUCGUCUAAAAGCAGCUUAAAGCCAAGCUCGAGCAGUACGAGGUCGUCCGGCCCCAGCUCGAGCUCAUCUUCGAUAUCAAGCUCGACUGUUUCUAGGCUAAGCCCGACCCCGACCAAGGCAACUGCAACGCCGACUCAAACUGCACCUAUCGCUCCGUCGACUGUUGGAGGAUACACCUAUCAAGGAUGCUGGACUGAAUCGAACACCGGCAGAGCUCUGAACAAAAAGGCUUAUGCAAAUGACGGUAUGACCCUUGAGAUUUGUGCCACAUUCUGUUCUACCGCGCCGUCAUAUGGUAUGUUUGGUGUUGAGUAUGGUCGCGAAUGUUACUGUGGUGAUGUUCUGAGCGCGGGAAGUGUGCAAGCCGCCAGUACAGACUGUAAAUUCUUGUGCCCUGGCAACCAACUGGAAUAUUGUGGUGCUGGGAAGCGAUUGCAGCUCUACGCCCUUGGUACCGCUCCCGCCUCAAUCAACUCUUCUGCCUCAAGCUCCUCAGUAUCAGACUCGAAACCAAGCACCGCUGCAACUUCUUUCUCGACCUCCACCAGACCUGCAUCGGUAUCAAGUGUAGCAAGUUCUGCAUCAGCGUCGGCCCUACCGUAUAUUAAGCCCCCAAAACCCAUUUUGAGACCUUACACUUGGAGUAUUGGCUGGGUACAGGCAUCUCCGGAUGGGUUCUCACGACCCAUGAUUGGUAUCAAUGGCCAAUUCCCCUGCCCUCCUCUGACUGCCAACAUGGGCGACACGAUCAAAAUCACCUUGACAAACAAUCUUGGAAAUCAAAGCACUGCAAUCCAUUUCCACGGUAUUUUCCAAACAAAUACGACGUUCUCGGAUGGCCCAGCAAUGGUUACCCAGUGUCCCAUUCAACCUGGUGCCUCUUUCGUAUACGAAUUCACAAUUAAUCAGCCGGGUACAUACUGGUAUCAUGCGCAUGUUGGUGGCCAGUAUAUUGAUGGCCUUCGUGGUCCACUGCUCGUCAAUGAUGUGAAUGCGCCAUACCGCGGCAUCGAUACUGAAUACUUUCUGACUCUCAGUGACCUCUAUCACUCCCAAGCGCCACCUUUGAUUAACUACUACCAAUCUCAAGAUAAUGCCAAUAGCAAUAAUGGUGCUGAGCCAGUCCCGAACUCCGGCUUGAUCAACGAAAGCCAGAAUGGUAAGUUUACGAUGGUGGCUGGCAAGAAGUAUCUUUUCCGGAUCAUCAACAUGGGAGCAUUCGCACCUUUCUACCUGCAAUUUGAUCAGCACGAUAUGACGGUUGUCGAAAUCGACGGCGUGUACACGUCGCAGAUUCCUGUUAGCCAGCUGUUCAUCACAGCUGCGCAGCGGUACAGUGUCAUCGUCAUGGCCAAAUCGGAUGGCAGCACGAACUUUGCGAUCAAGGCGUCGAUGGACACUGACAUGUUCAUUCCAGGUGUCAUCCCGAAAACCUUCAACCCAGAGGUCUCAGCAUACCUGGUCUACAAUGCCGCAGCUCCUCUCCCUGCCCCUCUUACAAUCACGCGUGCACCCUUUGACGACUCUAUAUUCACUCCUUACGAUAAAAAGGCAGCACUUUCUCCAGUCACAAUGCCCAUUCAGCUGACCGUCUCGUUUGGUACUAACCAGAACGGCCAAUGGCGUGGUUACCUCAACGGCAUCGAUUACGUCCCCCAGAAAGUGCCUACGCUCUUCACCGCCAUGAACGCCCCCCUCUCCAGUGUCAACGAUCCAUCCAUUUACGGCGCAAGCUCGAACCCUUUUGUCCUCCCCAUGGGCGCCGUAGUUGAAGUCACGGUGCAGAAUCAUGAUGGUUAUGCCCACCCUUUCCACCUCCACGGCCACAACUUCCAGGUCAUUUCUCGCACACCAGGGGGAUCCAAUUUCCCCAUAAAUAUCCCAGCCGGAGCGCCUAUGCGUCGCGAUACUGUGCAGGUUAUGUCAGACGGAAGUGCCACCAUCCGCUUCGUAGCCGAUAACCCUGGAAUCACGCUCUUUCAUUGUCAUGUAGAGUGGCAUGUUGAGGCUGGCCUCACGGCGACGUUCAUUGAGGCACCCGCGGAGCUGCAAGCUAGGAAGCUAUAUCUCCCUGUUAGUCAUCGGAGUGUGUGUGAUGCGCAGAGCAUCCCGAGGAAGGGUAACGCGGCAGGUAACUCGACGAACUAUCUGGAUCUGACCGGUGCCAAUGUCGUGGCUGAUGCUGCGAUGUGGGGAGCUUUGGUCGUUAAACCCGCGAGCGCAGCUCCAGCUUACCCUCUCAAUUGA